GACGCGCGCGCGCUGCACGCGUUGGGACACGCGAGUGACGUCACGCCCCGCUGCGCAGAGUGGAACGGUGUCGGCAGUACCGUUGCCGCAACGGUAAGGCGGCGCGCGGCGAAACGAGAGUGGCAGUGAUCCCGACUAGUGCUAGCACGCGGCCGCGCAAACCCUUCGGGAUCGGAAUUCAGUGGCAACAUCGGCCUUUCCAUGCGCGCAGGACUCGAGAAGCAAUCUCCGACUGCUUCGAAAAACUAUUUUUGAUUAGAAAUUAUCAGUACCAAUUCUUAUACCUUUUAAUCGAGGAGGCAGUGAAUGGCUUUUUUCCUCACGUUGAUGAAUGCAAAAUAAGAUGUAACUAAUCCCGUGCUACCUCACAGUAAAAAUUGCAACUGGAAGCUUCACUUCCUAACUCGCAAAUAGUUCGCGCUGUAGCCUUUCUUUUGUCGUGGAACAAAAACCCGACAAACCUCGGGAAGCACACAAAGUAUAAGUAGUGAGCAGUUCUCUGCUACUUGUCAUUGUUCGAACCACUUCGCUCAUCGGACAACGGGGCCCACUGCCGCUCCGCGCCGAGCCAGCGGCGCCAUGCUGCCAUGAGGAAGUUCAUGCGCGCGCGCGGCCAGCCCGCGCCGCACAAGCACAACGGAAACAGCAAUGGCGUGGGCGCCGGGCCGCCGGGCGCUGGUACGCCGGGCGCCGGGCCGCCGGGCGCAGGUACGCCGGGCGCCGGGCCAGCGGGCGACGACCAGCGCUCCUCUGUCGGCCGCGCGGCGCUGUGGGAGGACGCCGCCUUCCCCGCCGCCGCCGCCAGCCUGGCCGACCGGCGCCUGGCGCAGCGCACCACCUGGCUGCGCCCGCACGAGCUGUGUGCGCGGCCUCGCUUCCUGGGCGACGCCGCGCUGGACGCCGCGCUGCCCGUCGACCGACUCGAGCCCGACUCGGACGAGCAGUUCGCGGCCCGGUGGCGCGUGGCGGUGGGCGAGGCGGGCGACGAGGCGCUGUGCUGCGCGGCCGCCGCGCUGGCGCUCACGCCCCGCCUGCUGGAGCGCGCGGCGCCGCCGCACAGCUUCCGCACGGGCUACACGGGCCGCUUCCGGUUCCGCUUCUGGGUGUUCGGCGAGUGGCGCGAGGUGGCCGUGGACGACCGCCUGCCCGCGCGCGGCGCCCGCCUGCUGGCCAGCCGCGGCGCGCUGCCCGACGACUUCACGCUGCCGCUGCUGGAGAAGGCGUACGCCAAGCUGCACGGCGGCUACGCGCGCCUGCGCGGCGGCGGCGCGGCGCGCGCGCUGCAGGCGCUGUCGGGCGGCGUGCUGCAGAGCUUCGCGCCGCCGCGCCAGCCGCGCGCCGCGCUGCUGGCCGUGCUGCAGGCCGCCGUGCCGCGCUGCUCGCUGCUGGUGGCGUGGCGCGGCGCGGGCGCGGGGCUGCGCGCGCAGGCCUACUGCGUCACGGGGCUGGCGCGCGUGCGCGGCGCGGCGGGCGGCGCGCUGGUGCGCCUGCGCGCGCCGGCGGGGCGCGGCGAGUGGGCGGGCGCGUGGGCGCGCGGCGCCGAGCAGUGGCGCGCGCUGCCCGCGCCCGCGCGCGAGCUGCUGCGGCGCCGCGCGGAGCUGCCCGGACACUUCUGGAUGUCGUUCGCGGACUUCGCGAGUGCGUUCGGGCGGCUGGAGCUGGUGCACGUGGGACCCGACGACUGGCUGGUCGAGCCCGCGCUGCACGACAAGCGGCCCUGGCGCGCCGUGCUGGCGCGGCGGCACUGGCGGCGCGGCGUGACCGCCGGCGGGCCGCCGGGCGCGCCCACCGCGCACGCCAACCCGCACUUCCACCUGCAGGUGCCGAGCGCGGAGGGCGGCAAGUGCCACGUGGUGAUCUCGGUGACGCAGCAGUACGGCGUGGGCGCCGACGCGGCCGCGCGCGCGCGCCUGCUGGGCAUCGGGUUCGCCGUGUACGAGCUGCCGCCGGGCGCCGCGCCGCGCCGCGCCGCGCUGCCGCCGCUGCGCGCGCUGGACGUGACGCACUCGUCGCGCGCGCGCGAGGUGGUGACGUUCUUCACGCUGCCGGCGGGGCAGUACCUGGUGGUGCCGCACGCGCACCGCGCGCACGUGGAGGCCGCCUUCCUGCUGCGUAUCCUCACCGACGAACACACCGACGUGUGGGAGGUGAACGACGACAACGCCAUCAUUCGAGACAUCGCCGGCGAGUUCGCGGAAGAGGGGCGGUCGCUGCCGGGCGCCGUGAGCGCGGCCAUCGCGCGCGUGGUGGCGGACGGCGCGGCGGAGCUGGACGCGGCGGCGCUGCGCGCGCGGCUGCGGCGGGGCGGGCGCGCGCUGGGCGGCGCGUCGCGCGAGCUGUGCGGCGCGCUGGUGGCGCUGCGCGACCCGGGCGUGCGCGGCCGCGUGCGCGCGCAAGACCUGGCGCCGCUGCUGGCGCGCCUGGCGCUGUGGCGCGCGGCGCUGGCGGGCGCGCGCUGCGGCCGCGUGAGCGCGUACUCGCUGCGCGCGCUGCUGUGGGCGUGCGGCGUGAGCGCGUCCAACAAGGUGCUGGAGUGCCUGGUGCUGCGGCACGCGCGCGGCGCCGCGCUGUCGGCCGACGCGUGCGCGCUGGCGCUGGCGCGGCUGCACCUGGCGCACGAGAGGUACCGCAGCCUCGACUCGAAACUGAAGUCUAACCCUCUGUCGCUGGAAGAGAUGAUCUUGAUGACGAUCUAUUCGUGAGGAAACUCCCAGUUGUAAGAAACGCACCGAAAAAAAUAUUUAAAUAUUUAUUGUUGGCUACUUUUAUUGUUUAUAUUAUCUUCAUGAGAUUGUAUGUACGUAAUGUAUUCUAUGUUUUCCUAACGAGAUUGUACGAGGGUAGCGACCGUGGACCGAUUCACAAUGUCUAGACGAUGUUCGAUGUUAUUAUAAAUAAGGCUAUGGUGUAAGCUUAAAUUGUGUGUACAGUAGCCAAAGAUACAGACUGUAACUGACAGGGUUACCGGGGUCCAGUACAAAUCAUAAACACUUCCGAUUAUGUCAUUUGAGCAAAUGUAUGUCACUAAGCUGUCAAAUUAAACGAAUAUAUUUGUUCAUGUGAUACAAAAUAACAUUAUGAUAUUGUCGUAAGUGUUAAAUAGCACACUCAUAUCAAAGGCCUUAAAUAAAUAAUGAUUAUCUCUUUUCAAACUUUAUUUAGGAGAAACAAGGGUUAAAAACUAUUUUUUAAUAUAUGAGGAAUGUUGUAAACAUUUUUGAAUUGCGUUCCUAUAAUCCGGGAAACCCUAUGUUGUCAUGCACGAUUAUUAAGUAAUGAAGUACUUUCUAACAAUAGCAAUUUAAAUCAGUUCAAUUCAAUUUGCUGAUUGGUUUAACAAUGUUGAUAGAUACUAUAUAAGGAACAAACAAUUCGCUUAGAUGGCAUGCAAAACAUUAUGUACUUAAAUUAAUUUCUACUUUCUAUAGUAAUGCCACAUUGUUAACAGUCUAAUGACGUUUCAAGACUGUAAACAUGAGAGUAAGAGAAAGAUUAGCAAUUAUGAUCACGUGAUUAUUGCUCAUUUUAUUUUAUGAGUCAUAGAAAACGUACCGAUACUACAUUUUUUAGUUUUGUAAAUAAAUCUAAUAUUUUUUAAAGAUUACACGAGAAAAGGUGAUAUUUUAAUACCCUAUUUUAUUAUUAUUAUUAUUAUUUUAAUACCCUAUUCUAACAACCGUUAAUAAGUGCAGGAUAUUUAGAGCUAAAAACACUGCUUUAAGUUAAGGAACAAAUGAAGGUUGCUCAUCGUCAGUUUAUUAUUUUAUUAUAAUCGUUGUUCAAUACAAAAAGACUUAUGUAGCAAUAAUAAAUGAUGAAGUAGUAUACUAUGUACAUGCUUAUAGUAAGUUGAUUUAAGAAAUUAUCUUAAUGUUAUGUGCACUCAUAUUAUUUUUGAAUACAUAAUGGUGCUAAAAAUGUCAACCAAAGUAAACUGUAACAAGUAGUAACCGGUUUGUUUGUAGUCUGUGUACCAGACAGCAAUAGGUACUAGGCUAUGUUCGUAAUUUGAGUAAGCAGGUGAAAACGCGGGGCAUAGUUAUUUAAGAAUAAACUUCGUCAGUUAUGAUGUACAAUAGAAUCAUUUAAGUUAAUGAUCAAUUGUGAUAGUAAAAAGACCUAAUAAUAAUGUACCAAAUAUACCUACCGUUGAGGAUAAGGGUUUAAAUCUAAGCAUAAUAUUAUAAGGUAGGUACUGGGUACCUACCCAAUUAUUUACCUUUAUUUAAAUAAAUGUUGUUGUUAUAUUGA